AUGAGGUAUAAAUAUAAUGAUAAAGAAUAUUUAAUUUCAUGGAAUCAAUGGAGUCAUAAUCAAAGACCUCAUAAACGAGAAGAAGAAAUUGAAAAUAAUGAAAUGGAAAUCAUUGAUGACAUUAAAGAGGAUGGAAUUCCUAAAUUUUGUAGAAAAACCUUUAGAACUAAGUUAGGAGCAUAUAAACGUAGAGUAUUAAAUCCUGAAUAUCUUAAACAUCAAUUUAAAAACAUAAGAGAAAUAGGAGAGGAUACGUAUCAAGUGAUGCUUAAAGAUAGAUUUUAUAGAUGUGAUACAUGUUUACAAGAGGCAUUCUUCACUUUAGAUAACGCAAAAUACUGGUAUUUGGUUUUCAUUUAUGAUUUUAUGUAUAAAUGCAUGGAUGUUAAUCGUUUUCAUUUCAUUGAAGGUGAUACUGAUUCAUCUUAUUGGGCAAUCGCUGGCGACCCAAAUCUUCCUAACACUCAAGCAUUUCAAGCAAUUGUAACCGAUAAAAAAUUUUAUGAUAAAAACAUUUACAAAUUCGCACCUUUUGAUUUCUUCUGUUUUAAUGAGAAAUUUAAACCUAAAUUAAAGAAUAAAGCUGAAGAAAAAGCACAUGAGAAGAAGUUAUUGGGUUUAGCAAUUGAGAAACAAGGUGAUAACAUGGUUGCUUUAUGUCCUAAGUGUUAUACUUCAUUCAACGGUUCAAUUGAUGGAAGUGAUUUUAAAAAGAUUGCACAAAAAAUGAAAGGAGUUAGUUUACGACAAAAUAAACAAUUAACACCUAAAAAUUAUUUGGAUAUAAUAAAUGAUAAAGUGAUAUUUGAUGGUCAGAAUAUUAAUUUACAACUUAAAAACGGGUCAAUGACUCGCUUAACAAUCGGUAAGACUGCAUUAACAGGAGCACACACUAAGGCUGUAUGUUGUGAAAAUGGAUGUUGUAUGCCAUUUAUUUAA